AUGGAGAAGAACUCAGCUUUUGACAAGGGUUCAUUAUUGUCUGCUCUAAUGAAGCCUCCAGUAAGAGAUCGUUUUGAAGCAUUAGAAAAAGGAGAAAUCGCGGCAGAAGACUUUGAUCCACUUUUCACUCAAGUCUUCAAUAAACAGGACUUGCGAUCAGCCGGAUGUAAAACGGCACUUCUCACCAAUAAUUGCUUUGCUGACAGGGCUCAUAUUGCUCCAACAGUACCAGAAGGGAUUGAGAAGUACUUUGAUGUGGUUGUAGAGUCAUGCAGAGCUGGUAUGCGAAAGCCAGAAGAUGCUAUAUACAAGCACUUGGAACCAGAAGAAUGUAUGUUUCUCGACGAUCUCGGCGUAAAUCUGAAAGCAGCAAGAGCUUUAGGUAUCACCACAAUCAAGGUAGCUUCUCCACCAAAAGCAGCAGAGGAAGUGAGGAAGGCACUACAGGAUGUGUUUAAAUUCCCAGCACACACGUGAGA